AUUGUAGUACUUUUACAAACAAACGAAAUGGAUUUCAACGUAAAGAAACUGGCCACCGGUGCUGGACUGUUCUUUACACGAGCCGUUCAGUACACGGGGGAGAAGUUGGGCCAAGCCGAGAAGACUGAGCUGGAUGCUCACUUUGAGAAUCUGAUGAGCCGUGCAGACUGCACCAAAAACUGGACAGAAAAAAUCUACAGGCAGACUGAGGUCCUGCUGCAGCCCAACCCAAGUGCCAGAAUCGAGGAGUUUCUCUAUGAAAAGUUUGACAUGAAGGCUCCAUCCAGGGACACCAAUUCAGAGCUGCUGGGCCUGUACAUGGAGGGGGCAGCACAGGAAUUUGGUCCUGGGACUCCAUACGGGAGUACUUUGAUGAUGGUGGGGGACUGUGAGAAACGAUUAGGAGCAGCAGAGAGGGAGUUCAUCCAUACCUCAGCCAUAAGUUUUCUCACUCCACUCAGGAACUUUCUGGACGGAGACUGGCGGACUAUUUCAAAAGAGCGUCGUCUGCUGGAGAACCUUCGACUGGAUCUGGAUGCUUGUAAAGCCCGCCUGAAGAAGGCAAAGAUGGCUGAGGCUAAGGCUGCGUGUGAGGGUGAAGUGGCUCCAGACUUUAAUGAAACCAGGCCUCGCAACUAUGUGCUGUCAGCCAGUGCUUCUGCGUUGUGGACUGAGGAAGUGGAGAAAGCUGAACAAGAUCUCAGACUGGCCCAAACGGAGUUCGACCGCCAAGCAGAGGUUACACGACUGCUUUUGGAGGGCAUCAGCAGCACACAUUGGCACUACAAGACACCGCAGCACUGCUGGAUCGAACAAAAAGGUCAUCUAGCCCACUCCAUGUCCUCCCUGCAUCCUUUUUCAUGA